GUGGCCCUUCAGAACACGCCAAGACGCCAGAGAAUUAAGAGCUCCUGAGUUAAUUGUUGUUGUUGUUGUUGUUGUUGUUGUUGUUGUUGUUGUUGGUGAAGAUGUUGCGAGUAAUGAGGCCUAAUACUUACAAGGCCUAUAUGCCGCCUGUCAACUCGGAGUUUUACGACUUCGCAGGGGAAAGAGAUGAGGCAGCAGCAGCUCUCCUUGCAAGACACCUCCUCAAUUUGCUAGACAGGGCCAGACGCACUAAACUUCGCUCCAUGGCUGCCCCCGCCCACGUCCGCGCCCACACAAACCCACACGCCCAUGCCAAGAAUGGCGGUGGUUCUCCUUCACAAUGGCUGCACAAACUUAUCCCAGGCAGUGACACGGUAAACGUCUAUUUCCCCGAAGAUUUCUUGUCUCGCGUGGUGAGGGACGUGUUGAGAAUGACGGAGGGAGAAGCUACUGGCCUGAGGGGGUGUACGCUGUGUGUGGAGCUUUGGGACGGUGGAAAGCGAGUGGUGCUGGGCAAGAUUGUGUGUGACGCUCAUGUGAAGUCAACCUAUGUACUCUAUGUCAGGCUGGUCAGAGGAGCGCCGCCUGAGGACCUCUCUGGCUUCAGGAGGAGUGGAUCACAAUGCGAGCCAAUGAAGCCUUGAAAAUCGAAUUCCAAAACCAAAAUGCAGAUUCCUUUUGGAUUUCACGACUAGCCGACUCGCCAACUCUGUCCAAGAGAGCCUUGAAGUUGUUGGUAUCAUUCUCAACAACGUAUCUGUGCGAGACGGGGUUCUCAACUGUGCUGGGGAUGAAAACAAAAAAGAGGACUCGCUUGAAUGUUGCAAACGAUGCCAGGCUGGCACUUUCAACCACGAAGCCAAGAAUUCCUCAACUAGCUUCAAAUAUGCAACUCCAACCAUCUCACUGAUGCUCUUGACAUCUUUGGUAAGUCAUUAGAGAUGCAAAAUGUACUAAUACAAUAAAUAAAAGAAAUUA